AUGGGUCUCCUCAGUACAGUCUCGGGGUUCUUGCCUGAAUCAUUACCGAAAAACGCGGGCAGCAAAUCGUUCUAUGACCUCGUAGCACCUCUACCAAAAGGUAAAGAAUAUAGCUUUAACGAGCUCAAAGGAAAACCUGUUCUGAUCGUCAAUACCGCUACUAGGUGCGGAUAUACAGUUCAAUUCACCGGCCUUGAAGAGCUCAACAAAAUCUAUGGUGAUCGUGGACUUCAAGUCCUUGGAUUUCCUAGCAAUGAGUUCGCGGGACAGUCACCAGAGAGCGAUGAAGAGGGAGCGCAGGUCUGCCUGAAGAAUCACGGUGUCACCUUCCCUCUGAUGGCCAAAUCUGAAGUCAACGGUAAAGGCAUGAACGAAGUCUUCGCCUGGCUCAAAGCUCAACCGAUAGAUGGCAAGACCGGUUCCAGCGGGCCCAUCAAGUGGAACUUUACCAAAUUCCUCGUAGACCGUGAAGGCAAACUCGUCGGUCGAUUUCCGUCUGCUGUGACACCGGAACAGCUCAAACCGGAGAUUGAGAAGGUUCUGUAA